AUGCCCGGCUUCUUAGCCCGAAAAGACUUGCUGCCCGUUGAGCUACCUUUCCAUCGCUCUCCUCACGAGGUAGCAAUCCCGAGGGAAGAAACAGCCUCCUCACGCUUGUCCUUGGAGGCUGAGAUUAACCAAUUUCGCCUCGAAGAAGAAGGAGAGAGGCAAGAAAGGCCUAUGGAGCUUUCGGACUCUGAAGGUGAACUCGACAGAUCCUUCGCGUCUCACUCUCCCAAACUUAUCAUUACCCGGGUGGAUAGUAGCUCCGAUGAGGAGGAAGACAUGGCUUUAAAGCCUAGGAAAUGCCUAAAAGACAUCCUCACUAGGAGGAAUAAGGGGUCAUCGUCUAAGGAGGCCCCGAAGAUUCAGCUUCCCCCCAAUCUUCCCCCUCCCCCUCUUCCUUCCCCACUCGGCCUACACCCCAAUCCAAACUUACAAAGGAAGAAGAGGAAAGAGAAGGACGUCGAGGAAGGGGAGAUUCCUCAACCGAACGACCCGAAACAGCAAAAAGUCACCAAAGAUAGAGCGCGGGAGUCCUCGAUGGAGAGUAGGGAGGCUAAACACCCGGCCAAUAACGAAGCCAGAGUAGAGGCUAACCUUCGCGCCAAGGCCAAUAAGGCCUUGGGUGCAGCUGAACAAAAGAACAAGGAGCUCGCCAGCAAGCUGGUUGCUGAGGAAAGGGUGCGUCUGAGUGCCCAGGUGGGCUUGAAGAAUGCCGAGGACCAGCGUAAGAAGCUUCAUCUCACUGAGAUAGAGCUAGCCACCCAAAGACAGCUGGUCAUGGAUUUUAAAGCCAAGUUGCAAAAAGCUAAGGAUGCAGCCCAGGUGGCCAGGGAAGUUUCCGAGGCCGCGGAGGCGACAUCCUACGAAUGUGGGGUGCAGAAAACGAAGAUAAGGUUGAUGGACGAGUUGGCGGAAGUGUGCAGGGAUUACUGCAAGGAGGUAUGGGCUGAAGCGCUCAACUGA